AUGGAUCCAGAGGUGAGGGCAGGGUCGGCAAUGGAGGCAAGUGGCAUCUGUGGAUCCAGAGGUGAGCGAGAGGGCGGCAAUGGAGGCGUAGGUGGCGAUGGUGGAUCCAGAGGUGGGGUUAAGAGCGGCAAUGGAGGCGGAGGUGGCGAUGGUGGAUUAAGAGGAGGGGGCACGGGCGGAAAUGGAGGCGGAGGUGGCGAUGGUGGAUUCAGAGAGGUGUGGGCAGGUGCGGCAAUGGAGGUGGAGGUGCCGGUGGUGGAUCCAGAGGUGAGAGCAGGGGCGAAAAUGGAGGCGGAGGUGGCGGUGGUUGAUCCAGAGGUGGGGUCAAGAGCGGCAAUGGAGGCGGAGGUGGUGGCUGUGGAUCCAGAGGUUGUGGCAGGGACGGCAAUGGAGGCAGAGGUGGCGGUGGUGGAUACAGAGGUUAGGGCAGGGGCGACAGUGGAGGCGGAGGUGUCGUUGGUGGAUCUAGAGGUAGUGGCAGGUGCGGCAAUGGAGGCGGAGGCUGUGGAUCCAGUGAGGACAGGCGCGGUAAUGGAGGUUUAG